UCAAAGAAGUGCCGUUAAACUUUGAUGAGAGGGUCUUUAAAAGAAGCCACGAGGACACAAGCCUGUUCAUCUUCUGGAAAGACACGAAGAAGGAAUUGAAGAAUGGGAAGAGAAGAACAUGGCUAAUAGACAAUUAAAUUAACUCCUUGUAUUGUUCGCUUUAUGUUAGUUUUCUGCUACUGUUAUCUUCUUAUUCCCCUGCAGUGAGUCACGAUGUUGCUGUCCAGAUGUGGUGUCCUUCUGGUCCUCUGCAUGUGUCCACACGUCGGUAUCGCUAUGCCUCCGUGUCCCGUCGGCUGCUGCUGUCUUCGCCCGGGAUUUUUAGUUCUGUGCGAGUCCUUGGGCCUCAGGCGGCUCCCUCGUUCAGUCCCCCUCGGCGCUGCCGUCCUGUCGGUGGCCAAAAACCGGCUGUGUAACGUGGACCACCUGCUCCGUCCCUUCGCCAGCCUGCAGGAGCUCAGCCUCAGUCACAACUUGCUGGGCCGCUUCCCACGAGGCCUCCCUCCCAGCCUGGAGGUCCUGUUUCUACAACACAACCGCAUCGCCUACAUUACCUUCGGCGCCGUGAGGAAACUGUGGAAUCUGAUUCGACUGGAUCUGGAAGAUAACCUCAUCCGCGCCAUCCAGCCGGGGGCGCUUCGAGGCCUGGAGAAGUUGCAGGUCCUCAUGCUGAAGGGCAACAGGCUGAGCAGCAUUCCUCCAAAUCUGCCCCCCUCUUUGACCCACUUAGACCUCUCGGCUAACUGCAUUUCGGCCCUGGGUCUGCCUUCUCUGUCCCCCUUGGUCAACUUGCACGUGCUCAAAAUCAGCAGCAACCGCUUACGUUCGUUUUCGGACAGCAUCUCCGGCAAGGUACCACAUCUCCCAUCCGCGGAGCUGACCGACUCCCUCUGGGUGUGCGACUGUGACAUUUUGUAUCUCUAUCGCGGGACAGUCAGCAGCAGGUUCAGGAUGACCAGCACGGACGUGGCGUGCGCCGAGCCAGACCAUCUCGCGCACAGUCCGCUUCUAAACCUCUCAAUCGCUACAAUCUCCCCUAGUGUCCUCAAACCAGAUGACAAGACAAUUCAGCUGAAGACCUUGACGGCGAAUCCUGCGGCGUCUCGGGUCCGACGUUUACUGCGGGAAUGCUGGUCAACACAGCCAAUGGCACGAGACACCACUGCUGGUGGACAUCUUCCUCAAGCCACAGUCCCCAAGACUCAGUUCUUGGAUGAGCACUUAUCUUUGGACACUUUAACAUAUGAGGACUGUUUGUCCCAGAAGAGAACCCAAACUGUGACCGUACCCUAUUCAACUGCAAGCCCUCGUGAGGAAAAAAAGUGCAAAGACAACACCACCACAUGCUACUCUCAGAUGAUUACAACCCAUCCUACAGAGACGCAAUCCUUGUCCACCUCCAACCUGCUUCGCUCAGAACUCAAUUGGCUGCCGGCGGUCUUGUGUGUACUGUUGCUCCUCCUCACGGUGCUGCCGUUACUAGUGCUGAAAAAGCUUCUUCAGCGCCAACAGAGAGUGGCUCCACUUGACAGAGACGAUUUUGGAGGACAUUAG